AUUACCCUUUUCCUCUUCCUACAUGGUUGCACUGUGCAUAUAGCGAAAACAUUAUAAUCACAUCGCUCAUAGCAUAGCGCACCCCGUCAUUCAGUAUAUGCGUUUGGUGUGCGCUCAUUUUGCUUUGAACAUACAGUUAAUUCUCCACAGCCCUGAUUUCAAGGUAGCUGAUUAUGAAGACGAACUUGAAAGAUAAGAUUACAUUACGCGUAAUAAAGAGAUAUAGAAUAAUGGAGAUCACAAUGAAAAAAGCUAUAGAGAGAAUAUGUUGAGUUAUGUAAUGUUCAUAAAUUACGUCUGAGGAGUUAACAAAUUUGGCAAGGGGGAAGAUGAAUUGGUCGCAUUUUACGUAACGGAAAUUAUAAACGUUCUCUUAUAGACAAUCGAGUUAUGGAGAAUUUACUGUGAAUAGAAGGAAGAGACCAUUUCACUUUCAUACUAACGUUAGGUGAAAGAAAAAUUAUUGUAGUUACUUCGUUGGCUCCAGCGUAGCUCAUAAAUAUGUACGUGAAAUGAUACGUACUAUUUAUAUAUUGACAUGCAUAUGUACCAAAAUCUUGUUUUGGUUUCUUACUAUAUUUUCAUGUUAUAAUGUAUAGUUGGAAUAAUUUAGGAGAAAAAUUUAUAAAACCACCUGGCAAACUGAAGUGUUCCAUUCAUAGUUACUUGUGCUAAGCUGCUAAACAUUUGAUCCUAGGCCCAUUAUGGCAUUGACGCUAUCAAUAAAGCAGUCACAGAAUAAUCUUGUUCAAACAUAUUUCCUUCUAUUGGUAGUUCUAGCAGUACUGAGUUCAAGAAUAUCUGCAACCAUCAGCCGGGAUAAUUAUGUCGUUCAUUCAACAAAUUUCAAUAAAACAUCGGUUCCAGUUUCUUUACAACCAAAGACAUUGAACACUGUUUCAGCACAGUUAAUACCAAUUGUUGCAAGUAACCUGAAAGAAAAAGUUAAAACUUUAAACACUAAUAUUAAAUCCAGUGUCACUCAACUCAAUGCUGCGAUAUCAAAUAACGUCAACGUAGCUGUAGCGCACCUUCAUAGUUCUAUUGCCAAUCAAAUAAAUGCAGGAGCAGGUCGUUUCACAACUUCUUCAUCUCAAAAAUUAAAGACAAUCUCUGAUAACAUAUCUUUUCCUAAAAAUAAGCCUUACAUAUCAUAUUCAGAAUCAUUAUAUAAUACAGGGAUGUCUUUUGCAAAAUCUAAUCCUUCUAAACAACAUAAUCCAAAAUAUGUUUCGUACUUGAUCAACAAACCGAAAACAAAACAUAAAGCAUUUCCUCUUAGGGCCAAUCCAAAUAAAUACGAUGCUUUUAUGUCAGACUUAGGAAUAUCAGGAUAUACACAUUUUGAAAAAGCUGUAAUUCGGGAUUUAGAAAAACGAGAAGAACAAAAAGUGGAAGCUACUAUACACACAUUAUUUGAAAAUCCAAACAUCGCUAUUGAAAAAUUACCAAAUUUAACCCAUCAUUCGAAUUUUAAUUUGAAAGAUCUUCAAAAAGUUGCUGCAUCUGAUUUACAUAUAGUUAGUCUUCAGAAAGACAAUAAUACGAAUCAAAUAUUGCAUUUCAACAAGACAAAAAAUCAACUAAAUAAAGCAAUACCGAUGAAGCAACAAAACAAUUUAAAACUAAUAGAUAAAGAAGUUGACUUUUCAAAGUUGGAGGACAAGGAAAUCGGUUUUCUUGUGAACGAAAAACUAAACGCAUCAUUUUUAAAAAAUAUCAAUACUUAUAGAAAAAAUCAAAAAACUUCUUCACCUAUAGACAGUGCUAGAGAUAGAGAACAAAAAACUGCACGAAUCAAAUAUUUCAGCGAUUCCGCUAAUCCAUUGACCACGACAAUGUUACCAAAAAUUAAUAAAAAGACAUUAGACGGAAGAACAUCGCGUUUACGCGUUAGUCUGCCAAAAACCCUAGACAUAAAAACAAAUGAUAUAUGUAACAAAUCCCAUAUGUGGUAUAAACAUAACCACAGCAAUAACAAUUUAGAUGCUACAACACCAUUCCCAGCCACUUCAACUCCUACACAAUUUAACAUAUCAAAAAGAUCAAAAAAGCAUGUAUCUUACGGUCAAACUAUUCUUAAAAAAUCGCUAGAAACUCGUCAUAAAGUAUCGAAACGAAAAAAACUCGAUGGUAAUGUAAAUAUCAAGAGAUAUCGUGGAUCGAUAAAAUUCAAAGAUCAUUUACAUGAUGAUAUAGUAGAUUUCUGAUUUAGAUGUACAUCAAAUGAAUUAUUUAUAAAACGUAUUUAUUUUAAAAAUAAACUUAUAUA